AUGACCAACAGAAUACAGGAUAAAGACGAUGACCAAGACGGCCAAGUGACCAGAGAGGAAUAUGACCGUCACGUCGACACUGAGCACCGUGACCCACAGACCAGAAGAAUUCUGAAGGAACAUUUCGAUGACCUGGAUAAAGAUAGAAACGGUGUUCUGGACAGACGAGAUGUUGACGCCAUCUUUGAUCAGGCUGACACUGACAGAGAUGACAGAAUAAGUCACGAGGAAUAUCAGAGACACCACCAAAGACAACGCAUUCGCCAGCUAGUCGAGAUAAUGAAAUCCUUAAAAUCCCAGUCAUUAAGUAGACUGGAUCAAGAUUGUGAUGGACAGGUGUCUAGACAGGAGAUGCAGAACCACUGGAAUAGCAGAGUAGGCGACCGAGAGAUAUCGAGAGAAGAAUAUAACCGUAGGGUGGAUGAGCAAAAGCCCGACCCCCAGACCAGAAGAAUAUUGAAGCAGCUUUUUGAGCACAUGGAUAAAGAUAGAAAUGGUGUUCUGGACAGAAGAGACGCUGAAGCAAACUUUGAUGAGGCGGACACGGACAGAGAUGACCGUCUCUCACAAGACGAGUACGACAGGCAAGUUGAGAGACAAUUGAACCGUAUCGUGUCCAGCAGAUGUGACAGAAGAUCUGACACAGCAGCGUCACGGGCCUUCAGAGAGAUGGACAGAGAUGGUGACAGGAGGGUCUCAAGAUCAGAGCUACAGGAUCAGAUUCAUGAUAAAGACGAUGACCAAGACGGUCAAGUGACCAGAGAGGAAUAUGACCGUCACGUCGACACUGAGCACCGUGACCCACAGACCAGAAGAAUUCUGAAGGAGCAUUUCGAUGACCUGGAUAAAGAUAGAAACGGUGUUCUGGACAGACGAGAUGUUGACGCCAUCUUUGAUCAGGCUGACACUGACAGAGACGGUCGUCUGUCUGAGGAUGAAUACAAAAGACAUGUUGCUAGACAGCUCAGACGAAUUGAAGCUUAUGCGAGGGAGGAUAGAGAAGAGACGGAAGAGCGAUGCCGUGAGCAAGACAGGAGCAGACAAUUGACGAGAGAAAAGUAUGAGCGCUGGGUUGAUUCUAGAACCGAUAACCCACAGAAAAGAAGGACACUGAAGGAUCAUUUUGAUGAUUUGGACAGGGAUAAAAAUGGGGCGGUAGACUGCAGAGAUAUUGAGGAGAUCAGAGACGAAUCGGAUCGUGGCAGGGAUGAGAGAGAUGGUAGAGAUGGUAGAGAUGGCAGAGAUGGUAGAGAUGGUAGAGAUGGUAGAGAUGAAGAUAGAGAUGACAGAAGAGACAGAGAUGACAGCAGAGACAGAGAUGACAGCAGAGACAGAGAUGAAAGCAGAGACAGAGAUGACAGCAGAGACAGGGAUGAAAGCAGAGACAGAGAUGACAGCAGAGACAGAGAUGAAAGCAGAGACAGAGAUGACAGCAGAGACAGGGAUGAAAGCAGAGACAGAGAUGACAGCAGAGAUAGAGAUCAAGAUAGAGAUGAUAGAAGAGACUCAAGAAAUUACGAAGAAGGCCAAAAUGAAAGAGAGAACAGGCGUGACAGAGGUGAAGACAGAGAUGACAAAGAAUCAGAUGGUUUAACUGACCAGACCAGUCAGCUAUAA